ACAAUAACAUGUUUUACGUGUAUACAAUAAUGGUUAAUUCUGUUAAAUAAACACAUUUGUCAGUUUAUCCAAUAAGUGUUCGGUCAAACAAAAUUCUGACGUGGAGUGGAGCAAAAACAAAACAAACAGUGACAGCACUGUAAUUAAUUAAGAAGAAAAAAAAAAAACCCAAAAAGAAACGUUUUAAUCAAAACAUGGCAUGAGACGGGAGCCAGCGGUGUAAAAUUGUAUGUGUAUCUGUGUAAUUGCUUUGUUUAACGUCUUUGUAAAAGCCACCCAAACCAGGGCAGCAUAUUUAAAAUUCAUGCAAAUUAUUUCGCGUUAUGGUUUUCCAAAGAAAAACGAGCGCUGUACAUCUAAAAAUGAGUUUUAAUUUCUCAUUAUGAUACCGAAGCACUGUACUGUAGAACAUUGGUUUGAAUAUGAUCACUCAUGCAACAAUGUAACUGCUUAUCAGAUAUUGUACGCUGUAAUGUUAUUCCUUUAUUUUUUUCUGUAAGCUAAUUAAAGAAGAAGGCAUUAUUUUCCCGAUUCUUGGUUUAAUUGUGGCCCUUUGAGCUUAGAUAAGAUUAUACACUAUAUUAGAGGAGACAAGGGAGGCAGAGCCCCCUCCAACUUUUCAAAGAAAAAAGAAAAAACUGCAAAAUAUAAUAAUGUUCUCUAAAAUUUACCAAACCAAUUUCACCUAGAUUCAACAUUCUUAAAUUAACAGCAAUUCUGGCUGUGAGUGACGCACUUCCAGUACUAGCAGUGGCAGAUGGUGUGGUUGGGGGGAGAGGUGUUUCUUGUUUUGUUUUUUUUUAUGAGGGGAGCCGCUGCCUCCAUGUCAAACGCCUAUCUCUCAUUAAACACAGUACAGGAGCAGCAGCAGCAGAAGAUCACGUGACCUGAGCACGGGUUUUAAUAGGAGGAGCCCAGAGUUUGUGUUUUUUUCAGAGGAGGCAAUGCCUCCAAUUACACAACCCUGCCUAUCUGAAACACAGCAGAGGAAGUAGCAGCACAGGUUUUAAUUGGAGGAAAGUGGUGAUUGAAAUGACUUGUUUCGUUUUGCAACCCAUCAGAGAAAAUAAUGGGAAGGUACUUUUUUAGCUGGAAAAGCCAGCGAUCUGCUGAAGAGAAGAUCGAGUCGAAGCUCUAAAAAGGAUUAUAUUUUGGUGUGUUUUUGCUUCUCCGAUUCCUCCCCUCCUCGGGUUUGGAUUUAUCAGUUCGAGCUCUAUGGAAGGCCGGGAUUUCGCUCCUCCGCCUCACCUCCUGUCUGAGCGGGGCGCGCUGGUUCACCGUGCCGCGUCUCGGAUCACUUCGGCCGGCCACAGCUCCAUGCAGCACCCCGGUCACUUCCAGCCGGGAAAAUACUACCCAUCUCCCAUUCCCAUGGCUCCACACUCAGGAAGUGGAUUGAUGGGGAACUCGUCUGCCUCCUUCAUGGGCACUCCGUCCAGGUCGUCGGAGCCGAGCGGGGGGCGCGUGGGGGGAGUGGGGAGCCCUCCCCCCUCCUCCCCCUCAGAGCCCCCCUUCCAUGGGGGGCCACACUCCGGGGCCUCGCAGAUCUGGUUCUCCCACUCCCACGAAGCCCCAGGGUAUCCCCGCUUUUCAGGCAGUCUGGCCUCCACCUUCCUUCCCAUGAGCCACUUGGAUCACCACAGCAACAGCAGCGUCCUGUACGGGCAGCACCGUUUCUAUGACACACAGAAAGAUAACUUCUAUUUGAGAAGCCUCCCCUCCCAGCCAACACUGCUCUCAGCUAAUCACGGAUUCCCGGCUAUCUCACGGGCAGCACCAGGGCACCCUCUGGGGUCCUGCAGCCGCGAGCGGGACUCAGGAGGGGGAGGGAGCGGCCUGCAGAAGAGCCUGAAGGAAGGGGGUGAGAGGGGGGUGGCGCUGGGCUCGAAAGAGAAAGAGAGGGCCAGUAAGCAAGAGGCUAAAGAAAGGCAGCAGCAGCAUCAACAACAACAGCAUCACCAACAUCAUCACCAGCAGCAGCAGCAGCAGCAGCAAGCCUCGCUGGAAGAGGAAAGCAACAGAGCACUGGAGCGACACAAAGCAAGUCUGCCUCCCGAGAGUGGCCACUGCAAAGAGGACUCGCUGGGCAGGGGAAAGCACCUCAGUGCCUGCCUGGUGAAUGCCAAGAUGCUGAAUGGAGACUCUGGUGGCAACACCAACACUAAGAGUGCCAUGUUAAGCUGUGGGGGUGGGGGUGCCCAGACCAGGCAUGUUGGAGGGGGCAGCAGUAGCCGCUGUGCCAAGAAUGGCAAUAGUACCGGUAACAGUAACAGCAAUAGCGGUGAGAUGAGGUUUAGCGGGCACCCCCAGGACUGCUUGGAGAGCCGACAGAUGCUCCACCAUUCCUACUCUGUCCCCCCUCCUCUCUCCAUGAACUCUGCAGCGGGGGCAGGAGGGGCAGGUGGGUUCCCCUGCCUCCAGCUACACACCACUCACCCUCACCACCAUCACCAUCACCACCCCCACCACCCUGACUUCUACUGCCCCCCUCCUCCACCCCCUCUUACCACACACUCCUCCCAGGACAAAGGGGGCGCCACUGGGCGUGAGCUGAAAGUCACCGGGCCCACUUUCGUGCCUUCCGUCGGACACCUGGGGGACAAGAACAGUGGGCCCUUCCAGCUGAGCAACCCUGAUUGCCGGGGUGGGGGUGGGGGCAGUGCCAAGGAUAGAACACUGGAGAAAAACAAUGGACAAAAUAACGGGGCGCCUCCGAGUAGCUGCCAGAGAAAGCAACAACAGCAGCCCUAUGGGAAGGCAGAUAAGGCUCCCGAUUGGCUUCAGAGUCACCAUCAUCACUUGCAGCAGCAGCAGCAGCAGCAGAAUCAAAGUGCGCGAUCCCGUAGUCUCGAAUGCAUCAACAGUGCCGACAUGGACCUGUUCAGACCCUCCCUCCCUCAGGGGGCGAAGGGAGGCCACUCGGGGAACCAUUCGGGGAAAAGCGGCCCUUACAUCAGCACCCCUCCCUUCCAGGACUGUUCCCACUCAGGUCCUUCCUCUACUACUCAAUCGUCCGAAGGGCUGACCUCGUCCAGUAAAGGAGGUCAACAUCAGGGCCGCGCUAACGGGAGCGGCUGCACUUUCGAGCGGGGUGGGCAGAAGGUGGCUCGCAUCAGGCACCAGCAGCACAGGCCUGGGCCUGAAGCAGGGGGUGACCUGGGCAACAGCGGGCAGGAGAUGAAGAGGAAGCUGGAGCUGGCAUCCCUUGGGUACAGCAACAGUGGGCAGCAACACCUGCCGCACUGGGCAGUGAGGGGGCAGCAGAUCCAGGCCGAGGAAGAGCAGAGGAGGAACUACCUGGAUUCUUUCAGCAGUGGCAACAGACAGCAGAGUCAACAAAAUCAACAGCAGCAGCAGCAGCAGCAACAACAACAAGGGAUGCCCCCCCAUAGCUCCAGCCAGCAGGAGACGCAAGCCUCUCAAGGGGAGAGCUCAGCUAUGAAGAGCCUUCUGAAGUACAGCAGCCAGCAGCAGCCCCUCUUGCUGGCCCAGAAGAGCCCGUUUGGAGGCCUGGGCAGCCUCAAGACCGCCAGCAGCAUCAAUAGUAGCAACAGCAGCACCAGCUGUGCCCUGCAGGACACCAAGCAGCCUCUGCCCCUGAGGAAGGGCCUUCCUCAUGACUCAGAGCGGCAGGACUGCGGUGGGGGACGGAGCAGGGAGGCGGGUGAUGGACCCCACGGCGAGGGGGAAGUGCGCCAGCCCCCUGUGGGUAUAGCAGUGGCUGUUGCCAGGCAGAGAGAGCCACAGAACCGCCCACCCGACGGGCAUCCCGGGCACAGUCGGCAGGGCAGGGUGCUGCCAGCCAUGAAAGGAGUCCCGCGCUCAGUGUUCCCUCUGGAUGCUGAGGGGGAGGAGGAGAGGAAGAGGCUCUGUGAGGAUCAGCUGGGACUGCCCUGCCUGGACCGGGACCGAGAACUCUUCAUCAGGGAGAACAAAGAGCGGGUGGAAUUUGCCAGAAUCCAUCCUUCCAGCAAUUGCCAUGGCGACCUUACCCCCCACCUCAUGGUGCCAGGCGGAACUUCCCUGCAGGCCAGCCAAUUAGGAGCGGACCCUGCGGCACAUGCCCAUCCAGCACAUCACCAUUGGAUGCCACGGACAGGAAGUCCCUCUUUGUGGAUGACCAGUCAUUCCUACGGGCUGAGCCACGCGGCUCUCCACCAGAAUCUCCCCCCUGGCUUCUCUGCGGCGAUGCCCAGCCCCCUGCAGCCUGUGCUGCCUCUGCCUCAGGACCCCUCUGCCCAGCUGGUCGUGCUACCCAGCGAGCCACCUGCACACCCCGCCACGCACCAUCUUGAUGUGAUGGAACAGCCCUCUCUGUGGCCCCCGAUGUACGGCGCGCGGGGCCCCGGCUCGCACAUGCAGCACCCCGUACAGCUGCCCAGCAUGUACUCGCGAUCCCAGUUUCUACGGCAACAGGAGCUGUACGCGCUACAGCAGCAGCAUCAGCACCACCAACACCAACAGCAGCAGCAGCAGCAGCAGAGAGCAGCUCAAGCCCUGGAGAUGCAGCAAAGACACUCCCACUUACAGCCCCAGAGGAAGCCCGAGGACCCCCCGACGGAGCUGGAGGAUCUCCUCACACAGAGGACUCAGAAGAGCGCCAAGCCGUUCUCCUACACCCCCGCCAAGAGCGUGCCGCCCCCGGCGGGCUGUGCAGCCAGACUGUCCCCCUGCUCCCGCUCUCCCUCCCUGCGGCCCCACCCCAAGAGCACGCCCUGCACUCCCUGCCCUGCACCCAGCCCCGCCACCGCCCCCCGCUCCCCUGCCCUCAGCCCCGCCCCCUUGCACACCAACAAGGGGGCGGAGCCACAGGACAAGAGAGGGGAGGGGCAGCCGCCUCCAGACUACCCACAAUCCCUAGAGCCAGACCUGCCACCUGGAUACACCUACCCGGCCGUCGCUAUGGGUUACAGCAGCGGCCCCUCCCCUCAGGACGUACAAUUGGCCGAACCAGCCGACCUGCAAGCCAUGCAGACGGAGCCAGCUCAGCCUGCUCCAAGGCCACUCCCCUUGAGGGAGGAGCCUGUGUGUGAGGAGGGCAAUGCCCCCUUGAGGACGUUGGUGCAGGAGGAGGAGGCGGGCCCUGGGACAGUAGAACCCGGAGGCGGGGUGGAAGGGGGAGGGGUUGAAGGCUGCUGUGCCUCCCCAGAGCUGGAGUCCAGUGGACUGUUCCACUGCCCCAGAACAAAGGGGGGGAUCUCUGAGCUCCCUGCCCCUUCUCCGACUCCCCCUGCUUCCCCUUCUGUGGUGCAAACCGAGGUGGAAGGCUCCUCUUCAGAAUGCGCACAAGUGAUGGAAUCUGGGGAGGAAAGAAAGGAUGAAGAGGAGAAAAAGGAGGGGGGAAACGACGGGCCAGUGGAAGGAGAAGAAAGCAAGGUUUACCAGGACCUCAUGCCUGCCGCAGCUACCCCGUCCUCCCCCGAAGCAAUAGCUGACCUUACUGCCUCGGAGUUGCAGAAGAAUAUCCCCAGCGAAGCCCCUGGGGAUACCUGGGACAGCCCAUCACCACAGGGAGACACGCUUACCCUCAAUACCUCAGGAGACCUGCUGGACCGGACCGUGGUGACAGGCUGGUUACUGGGCCCCAACACUGGCCUGGACUUGCUCAUCGCAGCCAGCCUCAGCGCAGAGGGACAUAUACCUCCUACACCCGUCAUCGCCAACCAACCACAGACCUCAGGCUUUCACCCCUGCCCAGGGAGCCAUGGGAUAGCGCUGCUGAGCGAGCUGGUGGACCUGGAACUUCAGCAGCAAAGGAGCAGGGCAGGAGAGAGUGAAGGAGCGGAGCUGCUGACCUUUGACCUGCAGAGCCUGGCGACCCUGGCUGCAGCUCGCUCUUUGGAGCUCGCCCCCUCCUCCCCCAACCCUGGGAGGCCCUGCCACGUCCGCAGAGCCUUCAACCUGCGCAGGGAGUGCAGCUGGACUCCCCGCCAUGAGCCGGUAUGCCCGGUGAAGGGUGCUAUGGACAGGAUGGACAGCCAGGAGGUGGAGAUGAGGAUGAGGCUGGCAGACCUGCAGAGACAGUACAAGGAGAAGCAGAGGGAGCUUGCCAAGCUGCAGAGGAGGCACGACCACCAGAAGGAGGAGAAGUCCCGCAGCCCGGCUCGGAGGGGUCCCGGCAGGCCUCGCAAGCACAAACCUGCCCCCGGGACUGUCAACACCCCUGGAGAGGGAGCGCGGAGAGUCAAGUCACUUGGUGCGGGGCUAGGGCUCCUGUAUGAAGAGCUGGGAGGGGGAGCAGCAGGAGGAGAGGUGAAGAGGAAGAAAAAUAAACUGUCUGGGUUUGAGCAGCUGAGCACAUCACAGAUGAAGGCUCGGUGCAAGCAGACCAGCUCCCAAGUAGCGCUGAGCUCCAAACUGGACCGGAAAGUGUCCCAACUGAAGCAGAAUGCCAAGGUGCAGCGGGGGGGCUGUGGUGGUACCCCGUUCCGCAAGACAGAGACCCCCACCUGCUCCAUUCCCACCAGGCUGUCGAGGGGCCAGGGCACCCCCAGAGUCGAGCAGAAACGAGUAGGAGAGAGCAGGACCCAGACUGACGCUGGGGUCAGUAUGGACAGAGUGAUUCAGGAGAGCUGGGCGGGGAGGGAGCUCUUCUCGAGGAAGAGGAGUGGGAGGAAGGACGGAGCUCCCCUGACGAGGACCGCCUCUGCCGCAGCAGGCCACCACUCUCCUCAGAGACCACUGGCCAGGAGGCGGAGCCGCCCAGGAAGCGGGCAACCCAAACAGGAAGUGGUCACGGAGAAGACAUCAUCCCGAUCGGAGAACGAGUCUUCAGAGGAGGAAGAGGAGGAUGACUGGAGCUACGACAACAAUGACGGGAAUGAUGACAUCAUUGCCCAACCCUCCAAAGGCCACACCCCCAGCACAGCCCUGUUAGGCCCGUCACCCUCAUCAAUUGUUAAGCUGGAAGCCAAUCAGAAAGCCAAGAAGAAAAAGGAAAGGCAGGGCCUUCUGGGGUCAUUGCAGCUGCCAGUAAUAGAGGGGGAGGGAGAAGUGAAGGUGAGGAAGCGCACCCCCUCCAGACCAGGGAAAAUGAGGAAUGAGAGCAGGGAGCGAGAAGGAGAGAAGCGAGCCAAAGGGUCCAGGCAGCAGCAGCAGGAAAAGGGCUGGACUGACCCCAGCACCAGGAGCAGUCUGUAUCAGGCCAGCUCCGGAGUCCAUCCCUCCAGCACGCCCAGUGAGAGGCUGAGGAAAGCCACAAGGAAGAGCAAAGCACUGCAGGGAUCUUCCAAGCAGAAGAAAAGCAGUGUGCAGGGAGGGGCCCUGUCCCCACGCAGACUGGAAUGUGUCUCCAGCAAGGGCAAGAACAGCAGCAACUUCAGGAGCAAACCGCUGAAGGGUCGUGCGGUGAGUCGGCUGCUGGAGAGCUUUGCUGCGGACGAAGGCUUCCAGAUUGACGAGGACAGCAGCUUCUCGGAGGAGGAGGAGGAGGAGGAGGAGGAGGAGGAGGAGGAGAAGAAUGAGAGCGCCCCCCUCUGCACGCCCCAGGACAGGAGCAGCGCCCCAACCGUCCCUAACUGUACCCUGACAAAAGAGUCCCUAGUGGAUGGGCUGAAGGUCCUAAUUCUCAAAGAGGAUGAUCUGCUGUACGCUGCCUACAUCCACACACUGCAGCCCCCCGACAUCUACAGCAUAAUGAUCGAGGGAGAGAGAGGAAACCGGCCAAGAAUCUACUCCCUCGAGCAACUCUUGCAGGAAGCGGUGCUGGAUGUUCGGCCGCAUUCGGAGCAGGAGCUGACCUCAGGAACCCGGGUGUGUGCCUACUGGAGCGAGCGAUCGCGCUGUCUGUACCCGGGCUACGUGCGCAGAGGGGGCCCCGGCGAGGAAGAGAAGGAAGGCUCUGUAAUGGUGGAAUUCGACGACGGAGACAACGGACGAAUCUCACUGUCCAACAUCCGCCUGCUUCCCCCGGACUACCAGAUCCAAAGUACGGAGCCUCCCUCAGCCAUGCUGGUCUCCAAUGGGAGGCGGCGAUGUCGCAAUGCUGCCGUGAAGAAGACUCUGCAAGGGGACUGUGCUCAGCGAGACUCCCCAGAGAGACGGAGCCACACAGAGCCCGGCAAGACCCAGGGGAGGAGGACUGCCAGCAAGGGAAAGACAGGUAAAGUGAAGACAGCCAACUCAGAAACAAAAAGCACAGCUCCAGGAAGCCUGUGUAAAAGCAGCAGCAGCAGCAGCAGCCCCCUUCUGAGCUGGCCCGGAGUGGCACUGCCCAAAAAGAGAACGCCCCACAAGAUGAGCAUGGGCCUUCAGAACCUGUUCCAGCUCAGUGGGAAUCCCAGGAAGAUGUCCAAGAGCAAGGAGACAGGCAGCGGGGGCUUCACCCUGCACCCGCUCUCCACGCCUCCCUCCACCCCUGCCAAGACCAUCUUCAGCAGCUCCUUCGAGGUGGACUCCUUCAGCAGCAUCGCCAAUGGCUACUCCAGCUUCGGGAGCCAGGCAGGGCUGCCCCUCAGCCCCAGGAACAACACCUCAUCCCGGGGCAAGAGGCUGCCGCACGACGGAGGGCAGAGGGGGAGGAAGGCCGGCAGGGGAGCAGAGUUCCUGGUCAAGCUGGACCACGAGGGUGUAACCUCUCCCAAGACCAAGAACGGCAAGGCUCUGCUGCUGCUGGGGAGCGCAGGGAGCAAUGGCAGGGUGGAGAAGGGUUUCGGGGCCAAGGAGGUGGUGGUGGUGGAUGCCUCUCCUGUGGGAUACACUCCCCCUGUGCUGCUGGUGAAGGACAACAAGAAGGGGGGCGGGAACAGGGCAGACCUCCUCCUGAAAGGGGCCGGCCAGCUACGCAAGCCCCCCGCCUCCUCCCUGGGGCUGGGCGAGUACUCGGAGUUCGGGAUGAACUGCGACAGCGACUGCCACAGCUCCUACUCGGACAUGGAUGAGGAGGACGAUGAAGUGGAGGACGAUGAAAGGAACACCGGAUUGAGGAAUGCCGGCCGCUUCCUGUCACAGCUCUCUGUCUCCUCCACCUCCUCUGUGUCUUCCUGCUCCUCCAGCUCCGGCUCUCUCUCCAGCUCCAGCCUGUGCUCCUCCGACAACGAUUCCUCCUAUAGCUCCGAGGACGAGGAGGACUCCACUCUGCUGCUCCAGUCCUGCCUCUCCUCCCACCCCUCAGUCCCCACCGCCCUGCUGCAGCCCCCGGAGCCCCCCGCCAACGCUGGUUCCUUCGUGGCCAAGGCCAUGGCGGUAAGCAGCAGCAAGCCACUGAAGAGAAAAGAGAGCCCCAGCUCCUCCUCCUCAAAGACAGCCAAGCGGCAGAGGCUGCCCUCCGUCGACAAUGGGCCCAAGAUCUCCAACUUCCUGCCUGCCAGGCAGCUCUGGAAGUGGUCUGGGAACCCCACUCAGAGGCGAGGCAUGAAAGGAAAGGCCAGGAAGCUAUUCUACAAGGCAAUCGUGCGAGGGAAGGAGGCAGUGCACGUGGGAGACUGCGCUGUCUUCCUGUCCGCUGGCCGGCCGCACCUCCCCUACAUCGGCCGAAUCGAGAGCUUCUGGGAGUCCUGGGCCAGCAACAUGGUGGUCAAGGUCAAGUGGUUCUACCAUCCUGAAGAGACCAAGCUGGGCAAGAGACACCGCGACGGCAGGCAUGCCCUGUACCAGUCUUGCCACGAAGACGAGAACGACGUGCAGACCAUCUCUCACAAGUGCCAGGUGGUAACCCAUGAGGAAUAUGAGUGCCUGAGCCAAGGCAGGAAGCAACACAAUGGCCAGGAUCUCUACUACCUGGCCGGGACCUACGACCCCACCACAGGUCAGCUGGUCACUGCCCAGGGGGUGUCCAUCCUCUGCUAGCGGCUGUGGAGACAGGUGACCGGAGACAACGGAUGAGGACUCCACCCCAGCCACCACUCUCCUCUGAGAAACGGUUUGGCUGCUGGAGUUCUAAUGGAGACAGGUUGGAUUGUAUGGGGUUGAGAGGCAGGGUCGGCUCGGUCUACUGCUGCAGCAGAGCUUACCAGAGCUAGCCCAGUCAGACAGGCCCUACAAGGGCCAUGCAGCCCAGUGGUACCAGAAGCACUUGGGAGACAAAAGAGUGGUUUGUUUUGUGGAGGUGGUAGGCACAGUUUCACAUCACCCCUUCAUCUUCUCUCUCUCGGUGAUUAUGUGAAGACCUGGAAUACAGAAGUUAAGGCAUCAUGUUGAUUUAAGCAUCACAGCUCUGUCCCUAUAACUGGUAACUGGUUACUGCAACUGGUAGCUGUUGUACCCAAAGUGCACUGAAGAAUUAUUCAAAGGGUCUUUUUUGGCGGAGAUGACGGACGAGAUCAAUCAGCUUUCUGUAAUCCUCAGCACCUGAAAAAAACAUCCAGCACUUUUUACAAGCGCGCCUGUCAUCCAAGGACUUUUUUUGUAGAAUAAAUAAAAUAGAAAUUUGCCUACAAGUUGGCUGCCAAAGUGGGAGAGAAGAAUGGCGGAAUGGUUUGUUCGUAUUGCAGAGAGGGAUUCCCCGUGUUGCUGAUGUGGAUGUGUGUAUUGAUUGGGAUAGGACGGGGGUAAGAGGAGUCUUGUAUGUAUGGACAGCUUGGGUUUUCUUCAGGGGUGGGACGGUGUGAUAUAGGGACCGUGCUUCAGUAUGAAUUUAAAUAGAGAAUUAUCUCCAGACCUCAUUUUGAUGUUUCCAGGGAUAUUUUUGCCUUGCAGUAAACAAAAAAAAAGAAAAAAAAGAGGAAUGAUGAUUUUCUAAUCAAGCCAUACACGUCAGUACCUCUGCCUGUUAUCUGAAUCAGGUGUAAACUGUACAGGUCAUUCAGUUCCGUGUGUGUGUGUGGGUGUGGGUAUGUAUGUGUGUGUGUGUGUGUGUGUGUGUGUAGAUUAUAUAUAUAUAUAUGUUGUUAUAAUGAUCGACCCAGGACACUGCUCUUAAAAAAUAUAUGAUAAAGGUAAACCUAGCGGUAAAAAAAUGAAGUGCACUGUAUCUGUCCUUCAAUCUUCAUCAGCCCAGCUGGGAGUGUGACGUUUGUGAAAUCUUGUAAAUAGCAAAGCUGAGGGAUUGGGUGUUCCUAGUUUGAAAAACCUGCCUCAUCUUUGUGCAACUGAAAAAGUGGUCUGAGCGGACAGGGCUGUCUGUUAAAUUGUGAUCUCAUUUUAUGUAAUACUUUUUUUUUUUUUUAAAUGGCUGUGCCGUUUGAAUGGAGAAAUCAAACCGCUGCCGUGGAAAAAUAAUUCUUAAUAAAUACCAAUAGUAAAGCAGACACACACACACACACACACACGGAAAUGUCAGCCAUACUGAGCUUACCUCAGACAUUAUAAUGGGCUUCUAGAACUGGGGCCACUCUGGUAUAACACACUUGUUACACUUUGAACACUGAAGGUAAAUCCUUUGUAUUACAAUGCCAUAUACAUGCUGCAAUGUGUGCGUCGACAGAAAAGUAUACACUACACUUCAGAAGUGAUUACAGCCCUCCACUUAACUCCCUCAUGCCGUGUAUUUCUUACACAAAAUGCAGGAUACUUUAUGAUAAUGAACCCGGAGUGGAAGGUCUGAACUUAGAACCUUAAUAGCAUUAAUAGUUUGGUUCUAAUCAAAGGGACGCUGCUUUAUGGUUCAGUGCACCUUUUAAAAACAGAAUGAGGGGCAGGGGGGUAUGAAUUUGUUUUUCUAUCAGGGAGAGGGAGGAGUAAAGUAGGGAGGGAUCUUGAAUAUUUAGCUGAUGGUGAGUUUGUAAAUACAAUAAAUGUGUGACUUCACAAACCAAAGCACCUUCAAAGGGUAUUAUUCGUUUAAUGUAGCUUUUGUUUUAUCUUUUAAAUAUGUAUCUAUUGAAUCGAAUCUUCUUUAAGUGGGACCCUGCAAUCCAAUUGGCCGACGAGAACUUUUUUUGCAAAUUCGUAAAUGAAGACUUGAGAGUGUGUGGCUGUAUGACUAACACAAUACACACACCCAAAGCACUUCCAUGCUCUUUGCAGCGCUAAUGUAAACCUGUGAUUGGACAAUCAGACUUCCACAUGAGAGCAGUGUGAUUGGCUGAAACGAGAAUCCGUUCUGUGUCAUUUAUUUUGCUUUUGCCAAAUAGGUGGUUGUUUUUUGGUUGCUCUUAUCUCUGCUGCUGCAGUUCAAUAUGCAAGCCUGGGUUAACCGUGCUAUUUGAUAACUUUUUUGUUUGUUUGUUUUAAACUACAUUUCUUAUUGUAACCAAGAGCUUUAAAGAGCACUGGUACGGGGAUGUGAUGUCAUGUUUCUCCAGGCAACCAAAGCCUGCUGCAAGUGAAAAGAGCACUAAGGAUAUUACUGUAAACUCUAACUGCUGGGGGACCUUGAGGGAGCGCCAGGAAUAGCUGGCGUUGUGAAACUUAAUAAUCCCUGCAGAUCUGGGAGUCUCAAACUCCAUGGCUACUGCAAGAAGUGAUGUCACACCGGUACCGGUUCAAAACCGUGGCGGCACUGUGCGGUAAAAUAUUUGUGACACUUUUUUGUAAUAAAAAAACAUUUAAGAGGCGUUUAGCCUAAAGCAGGUAUUUAUUUCAUUUUUUUUUCCCCACACAAAAAAGAAAGAAAAAAUAUUGUAAUAAUGUUGCU